AUGGCUCUAGUGCCAUUCAACGACAGAUCUAACGCAUCUCCUCCUGAAAGCUCCUCAAUUACGGACAGUCGGAACGGAGGGCUUGUGGUGUGGGAAGCCUCCCCCGACGACACGGACGACCUCGCGUUCGUGCAGGCUCUCGAACUCGCCGAGGCCUCGGCCAAGCGACGCCGCACGGGAGAAUCUGGCGGCCACAAUCAGUGGACAGGUCGGCAUACGGCCGUCGCCAGUGCAGGGAACACGCUUGGCGGUGCUGAAGAUCAAGGUGGUGGCUGGAGCGGAGGCGGGGCGAGUGUUGCUGGAGCGAGAGAUGUGGCAAGUGCUAAUGGUGCAGUGGUUGCUCCCGCGUUCUCCACCCAGCCUGCAACGCCAGAUAGCCUCUCCGCGCAGCCACCUUCACCAGCGCAGCCUGCUCAACCUGUUGUCAUGCGUCCAGCAGACUUUCGAAACAUGCAGUCUGCUGCACUGGACGUUCUUGAGCCUGGUGAUUACAUGGUCAUGCAAGGGAAACCAUAUAUCAAGAAGUCGGGCUGGCGCAAAAUUGCAUUCUUUUUCAACUUGUCAUUCGAAAUCCGAGACAAGACCAUCGAGAGGGACGAGCGUGGUAACGUUACAAGAUCGGAGUUUCUUGUUCGAGCCAGCAUGCCUUCUGGCAGGUUCUCUGAUGCGUGGGGCUCAUGUGACCGGGGAGAGAAGAGGUUCAGUAAACCGAACCACGAUAUUCCAGGCACUGCUGAGACUCGAGCUAAGAGCCGGGCAUGCCAGGACCUUUUGGGGAUUGGAGAGUGCAAGCAGCAUCGCUAG